GCUGCCAAAGGGAAGUGAGUUGGGGCUGGAGCUAUGGCCCGCGUCUGGAGCCCGCGGCCGCCGCCGCCGCCGCCGCCGCCAGCGAGUCGGGAGCAGGUGCGGCCGCAGCCGGAGCGGGGGCCGGAGUCGCGGCUGGAGUGGAGGCGGCGCGUGUGAGUUGCCGAGAGUCGCCCGUGCCGGAACACCUCGAACUCUGGGUGGGAGCGCUUCAGGUGGGCUGAGCCGCCGUCGCCCCUCCUCACCGCGCCCCCAGGCCCAGACAGCAGGGCUGGGGUCUCCCCGGGCGCGGGACUGGCUCCUCUCAGGCCAAGCCCUCCAGGCUGGGCUCUGGGUCUUCCUCGGCCUCUGGCUUCCUUCAAACUCAGGCCGGAGGACGGUGAUCAUCUCAAACUCGGGCAUUUUCUCUGUCGGGGUGGUAGCGGCUGGGAGCCCCCUCCUGCUGCCAGCUAGGGAGGGAACAGCGCCUUCCCAUCGUCUCGCUCUGCAUCUCUCCCUCUCCUCCCAUUGAAGAACAAGUUUCUUUUUUUCUCUCCAUUGGAAAUUCUACCCCGGAAGUCCAAAGCACCCAUCUGUGUCCUUCCCCAGCUCCUGGAGCACCCUUAGAAAUACUAUAUACUGACCAGGUCUGAGAGUCUCUUGACUUGACUUUUUAUUUUCUUUGGGAGACAAAGGUUCCCCCCUCCUCCACGUCCAACACCCCCUUCGGUAACUGACAGUGCAUGCCUAGGACUUUAUCCAUUUGGAUCACCAGCUCCCUGGCCAUCUUUAGGUGACUUCCCCCACCCAUCUGAGUUACAGUUUCCUCUGGGCUCCAAUCUCCAGCCCCCAGCGGAUCUGGUCAGUCCCACUCCUGGGUGGGACUGACCAGAGGGGCUCUGGCCCAGGAUUCCUCACCCUGGAAGGCGGCUCCAAGGCCUCGAGAGAAUUGGGCGUCGGGUACGAACCUGGCAGCUCAGGAGUGGGUGCUCCACUUACCCCACACAAGAAGAUGAAAAAGCGCAAAGAGCUCAAUGCACUGAUCGGCUUGGCUGGGGACAGCCGGAGAAAGAAGCCCAAGAAAGGCUCAGGCCACCGCCUGCUUCUCACCGAGCCUCCUGACUCAGACUCUGAGUCCAGCUCAGAGGAGGAAGAGGAAUUUGGUGUAGCUGGAAAUCGCUCUCGCUUUGUCAAGGGAGACUAUUUACGAUGCUGCAAGAUCUGUUAUCCCCUCUGUGCUUUUGUCAUCCUUGCCGCCUGUGUCGUGGCCUGCGUUGGCUUGGUGUGGAUGCAAGUUGCUCUGAAGGAGGACCUGGAUGCCCUCAAGGAAAAAUUUAGAACAAUGGAAUCUAAUCAGAAAAGCUCAUUCCAAGAAAUUCCCAAACUUAACGAAGAACUACUCAGCAAACAAAAACAACUUGAGAAGAUUGAAUCUGGAGAGCUGGGAUUGAACAAAGUCUGGAUAAACAUCACAGAAAUGAAUAAGCAGAUUUCUCUGCUGACUUCUGCAGUAAACCACCUCAAAGCCAAUGUCAAGUCAGCUGCAGACUUAAUUAGCCUGCCUGCCACUGUAGAGGGACUUCAGAAGAGUGUAGCUUCCAUUGGCAAUACUUUAAACAGCAUCCAUCUUGCUGUGGAGGCAAUACAGAAGACUGUGGACGAACACAAGAAAACCAUGGAGUUACUGCAGAGUGAUAUGAAUCAGCAUGCCUUACAGGAAACCAGUGGAAGCAACCAGAUCAUUCCAUCACCUUCAGCUACAUCUGAACUUGACAGUAAAACCCACAGUGAGAAUUUGAAACAGGAUAUCCUGUACCUCCACAACUUUUUAGAGGAGGUAAACAGUGCCCUAGUGGGGUACCAGAGAGAGAAUGAUCUUAAACUCAAGGGGAUGAAUGAGACAGUCAGUAAUCUUACCCAGAGAGUCAACUUGAUAGAAAGAGAUCUGGUUGCUAUGAGCAAGGUAGAAAAGCGAGCGAACCUGUCCUUCAGCAUGCUGUGUGAUGUGAAUGGCACAGACGAUGUCAGUCCUGAUUUGGAAGGGAGAUGUAGAGAGAUUCAGUUGCUUGCCAAGGCCUCACCACAAGUAGUUGGCAGAGAUGACAAGCUUCCUUUGAUGUUACCAGUGACUCAUCUGAUGAAUGAUAGAGCUGCCACUCUGAAGAGGGAGUCUUUGCAUCAAGUGACCAACAGAACAGAGUCAGUAAAAUCCCAGAGCAUAAAGAAAGAAGAUAGUUCAGAUUCUCAGGUAUCCAAGCUCAGAGAGAAACUGCAGCUGAUCAGUGCUCUCACAAACAAACCUGAGAGCAGCAGGCCGCCUCCAGAGACUGCCAAUGAAGAGCAAGUUCAGAGUUUCACAUCAAAGCCAUCAGCAUUGCCAAAAUUCCCACGGUCUCUUGGAGGCCAGAUUGAGAAAGCUGCCCAGCUAAGGCCUGUCUCCCUACCAGGAAUUUCUAGCAUCGAAGAUCUUCAGGAUUUAUUCCAUAAGACUGGGCAGGAUGUGGAUGGGAAGCUGACCUACCAGGAAAUCUGGGACUCCUUACAUUCUGCUGUGCCAGAACCAGAGCGUUUGAGGGAGUUUGAUUCUGAUGGAGACGGAAGAUACUCAUUCCUGGAGCUAAGAGUAGCUUUAGGUGUCUAGCCUCAUCAGGCUUAUUUUAGAAAUGGAUGUAUGCCCUGGACUACCUAAUACCUACUCAGCUAACAGAAACAACCCUUCUACCUACCCAUCAAUCCUCCAGUCCUCCAAACUACAGUAGCAGACACAUUGCCACCUUUUAACUUGUUUGAAAAAGCUAUGUAAAAGUUAUUUUUUUAUAAAAGACCAUUUUACUUAUAAUAUGAUAUUCAGAUAUCUAUGAUUUCCUUAAACCAGUAGGAUCUUAAUUUUAAAAUUGCCAGAAAAAAAGUCAAGCCCUCUUUUUUCUCUUUCCUUUUUUUUUUUGAGGGGAGGAGACCUUAUCUUUUAAAACUGGAAAAUGUGUAUAUAGAGAGAAUAAGCCACCUUUUAUAUUUCACAUAAAUUUGCCUUAAAUUAGCUGCACUUUAUACAGACUCAGAAAAUGUCUUUCCUUUAACAGAUAGACCUUUUCUGUUUGUAAAUAUUUCAAAUGAAAGAGUUGUCCAUAUUUUGUGGGAAGUAGGAAGAAUGGUUUGAAACAGGACGUGAACAAAUGACUUGCUGUUAAAAAAUGCUAAUCUGAUCUGGUAGCAGCUUGAAGCUGUGUCCCCAUCUCCUUAAGACAGCCUCUUUGGGUGCUGCCAUGGGGUUUGGCCUGGUGCUGGGGGAGUAGAUCUAGGGAGUGGACACUGUGGGGACGGUGCUGCCUGCAGGCUCAGGAUUCCGGCUCUUUGGUCUAUCCUCUCAGCUCCUCCCAACCUGUGAACCAGGGAAGUCUUGUUUGGGGAUUUUCUCUCUUUUAAUCCUGUUUCAGGGUUUAUGAGCAUCAACAGUUAUCCAGUGGGAGCUACCUUUCCUCCCUGAGUGAACUAGAUUAUCUUCCCCCACGCACCCAUUCAAGUCUACCUUUAAGCCGUAACUGACUUUCACCUCUGAUACUCCAUUCUGAACGGCAGGGCUGCAGUCCUUCGGCCACUGUCUCAGCCUGGCUACUCAGGAACUAUAGAGGAAAGCUCUGCCUCUAAUUUUGAUCCAGGAAACUUCUUGAGAUUUUACCUGGGGCCUAACCAAGAACCUAAUGUUCUUCUGUGGGCUGACUAAGGCCCAAAAGGUUGUGAAAUGAAACACCUGAAAUCAUAUUAGGUUUCCUUACAAUUACAGCUCAGAAAUAGCUAGAGGCUUUCUGUCCAGAGGAUGCCAAACAUGGCAGGCAGGCCUAGGGUGGGGGGCUUCACGUGAUGGCAGCAAAUCUAAUACAAGCAAGUGCAGUACUUCUCCCAUUAAAUACUUCUGUAGCCCUGCUACUAAAGGUCCCUGAACUGGAAGGAAUUAUUCCUCCAUGUCACCUCUGUGUGUGCUGUGUUGAUCUUAGAAGCAAUCUUCAGGCAACACAAAAGGAAAACUGCAAAACUUAACUGUGCUGUAGGCCAAGUCAGGGAGAAACUAGAGAAGCUUUCAGACUUCUUUAGUAAAGCUUGUUUCCAUUUUAACUUUGUCCAAGUUGCCCUGUUAGCCAUGGAUGCAGUGGAGCACCCUUAAAUAUUUAAGGGCUGUUUUUUUUCUUUAUAUGAUGUUCAGCUCGGUGUUGGCUAACCUUGGGGUUUUUUUCUAGAAAUAUUAAAAUUUAGUUAAAGUAGGAUGAAGUCUUUUCCCAUGAAUGUGUCUGCUUACCUCAUUAUGGCUUAUGCUUCUCACUCUAUUUCUCUCAAACAAUUCCUUUGCCUACCUAUGCUAUUUUACUUUCUUGGAAAGGUUUAAAUAUAGUAUAAAAUUAGCCUGGCACUUUAGGUAACUUGAAGGUAACUUACUCUUCUGGCUGCCUUUCAUGCCCCCCACCUUUUUAAUAUAUAUACCCUUGCAGAUUUUGUAACAACCAAAUAAAAUGCUAGCAAUAAACUGAAUUAUACUGCUAUAUUUAUAUGUACUGUACAAUAAAUAGUAUGUCUGUACCUGGAAGGUAUUUUUUUGAGAACUGAUUUAUAUGAAGUGUACUUGAGGGUAAUGUAGCUUGUCCUUUUUAGUUUCAAAUUCUUAUUCAUAGGCAAAUACUUUGAGGACACCUUAACUCUUUGUAUAUACUUUUCUUUUGCAUCAGCUGUGCUUUUUAGUUUAGCCUCCAUUCUUCCCACCUGAAGCUUGUCCGCCACCUACCAUCAUCCCUGAGCCAGCUGGAUGGUUCCAUCCUCUCCCCACCAGAUUUGGCAGAGGUGUUCCUGCUGCACCCUCAGACCUGUGAGUACCCUUGCCACACCGCCUGGGAAAGUGCCAUAUCUCCCAGGCAGAACUAGGACAUCUUGAACUCCUUUGUUCUAAGUUAAGCAUAUUCAUUGGCUUAAAAAAAGAAUUCUCAUAAGCCUAUAUCAUUCAGUAUUAAUUUGGGAUUUUUAUUUGAAAGUUGUCUUAAUUUAUCCAACCUAUGACUUGUGUCGAUCUGUAAUCAAGCCUCACCUACCACACCUCAGCCCUGAGAGGAAGGCUAGGUAGUAGUAGUGAGUUUGGUUUUGUUUUUGGUUUCAAAUGCUUUUACCUUUGCACUCCGGCAGCUCCUCCUGCUGCUUUCCUGAGUUACCCAAAGCAUGUCUUCUUGGUCCUGUUUUUCUUUCGCCUUCUAUCUGGUAUAAUGUUUACCUAGAGCACCUCCCCCAUAAAUCAGAGAGGCAAUGUAUUAUAGGAAGAGAAGAAGCAAAAGAAGAGAGAACCUGGCUUAGGGAUGACUGUAGUGUUGUCUUAAAGGCCGAGAAGGGCCUGGCUCUUAGGAUUGUGUCUGAUACAGCACAGCUGAAGAGUGAACACCCUUCACCUGCAGCUGGUUUCUUUCCCUUUCUUUGGCGUUCCCCCUCACAUUAUAUCUCUGGACGUAACCACGUCUGCGCGCCCCUGCGCCCCCCCAUGUUGGUCUUGCCGGUCACAGUUGAAGAUUUUGACUGUGAUGGGCUCAUACUCCUAUGGCCUGCUGUUGAGUUGUUUUUAGUAACAGCUUUUGUUUGCUACACCUCAUUGGCUUGCUUACCAACGCUAGUUUGAUAUGGUCCCCUCUUUCAUAUCCAAACCAGAACACAUUUGGGUAUUCCUGAGACUUUAUAGAGCGUGUACUGUUUGUUAUACGAACCUAACCUACCUUGUUGUUUUCUCAUAUUAAGAAAUGUAAAUCUACUUUCCUUAAGUGGAGCUAUUUUGGUAAUGUUUAAGCAAUUUUGGUUCUGUUUAGGGAGGGAAUUCAAGAUUUCCAUCACUUGAUUUGGGCUUUGCUAAUUUAAUAUCAGUAAUAAAACAAUUUUAAUUUAAAUAAAACAUUUCUUUUUUCUCUCA